CAGCACGCCCAAAAUGCAGUCGCUUCCAGAUGCGCGUUCGCAGUCGUUCGAGGAGCUCUAUGGGCCGCCCGAGAACUUCCUCGAGAUCGAGGUGAGGAAUCCAAUGACACACGGCGUCGGCCGCGGCAUGUACACCACAUACGAAAUCGUAAUGCGCACCAACAUCCCCGCCUUCAAGCUCAAGUCCAGCACCGUGCGCCGCCGAUACUCUGAAUUCGAGGCUUUCCGCGACAUUCUCGAGCGCGAAUCCGCACGCGUGACGAUCCCCCCACUGCCCGGGAAGGUCCUCACGAAUCGCUUCAGCGACGAUGUGAUUGAGCACCGAAGGGAGGGGCUGCAGAGGUUCCUGCAGAUUGUGGUCGGUCAUCCGCUAUUGCAGACGGGGAGUAAGGUGCUGGCGGCAUUUGUGCAGGAUCCGAACUGGGACAGGCAUGCAUGGUGAUGGGCGACAAAAGCGAAGGCCAUGGCCGUGUAGCCUUACGGCGUCAUGUCAGACAGGAAGAAACAGAGAGAGGGCGCGAGAGUCUCUUCUGGGUUGCGACUUUAUUGUGCGUUAUGGAGUGAUAGGGCGUUCUCUUGUACUUCCCCAUGUGAUUCAUAUAUUCCCACUACCCGUAACGACAAAAUUCAUACAAGUUUGGUGUUCCAUUACCCAGAUUUCGUUCGCAUGAUCCCAACAGUAUGAGCGCGACCACAUCUUCAAACUGCAUAAGACCGG